CCUUCACUUGCCUUUGCUGAUGUCGAGGAGAGACAAGUGAGGAGUGAGAUCGGCGAGUGUCUUAAUUUGCCCAGGUACAAAUUUCUCACAUUUCUCACCUCCACCACAACAAUAACACAAUGCCACGAUCAUAUCAUUAAGCCUUUCCUCACUAAUUCCAAGUUGUGCUAUUUACCACGAGAACCAGACCAGUAUCAAGUCGUUCAACAUUAUUAUUUUCUACAAGUUGUAUUGUGGUUGUGCGACGAGGACGACUCAAAAGACCAGAAUUAGUCGGUGCAGUGACUAGUGUGAAUUAUAAAUGUCACGAAAGAUUGCACGUCUAUUUCUUCAAUUCAAGUUUAAAUUGGUGUAAAAUAAUUUGUGGGUGGGUCGACAGCACCUGGUUUUUUUCUAACAAUAGCACGAUAAAUUAUAUUUCGGAUUGUUCAAGAAAUUUUAACCUCAACCAACAGUUGUACUAAUUUUGGCGUGGUGUGAUUACCAAUAAUAAGUGCUUCUCCCCUGUAGUACAUCCAUAGUACAUAAUCUAAUGGGUUGAUUGUGAAUAUUUGACCGUUUUCGUGGAUAAUAACGACAAAUGCAUGGAUCAAGAGGACAAAACCGGGCGGCAGCGAGUAAGCAAACUUAUGGACAAAGUUUGCUGCUAAGUGUCGCGUGCCCAGAUAUUGAUACUGCUGCUCCAUACGCUUAUUCCAAUGAAUCCUUCCUGCCACUUCCUUCCCAUCAACCAGCCUCGUCCCACAGGAAACCACCACCCACCAGCAGCAGAAGCAAUUCACCUUUUUCUGCCCAACCAACAAAACCGAUAAGGGAAUUCUCAAGGUCUUGGAAGGAAAUUGGAGGAGGACGAGGACCAAGACCGCGAUGUGUCGACGAAGAGUCUCUCUUUUCCCUCAACUUCCCUUCGUCACAUCAUGGUCGAAGCCAUAAGGGGUCAGGAAAUCGAACAACUUCAAGCCCAACUCCACCAGGUCGUAGAAAAUUCAUCUACCGAUGCUUCCAGAUUUUCAGCAUCCUCAUCGUAGGAAUUAGUGUGUAUGCUCUAGUCGAAAAUAUCAAGUACCUCAUCCGCACUUAUGACGGAGAUGUGGACGAGUUGUCUCAGGGAAUUGGCAACCGCUUUGUAAAUAUUAAUGAGGAGUUGCAGUCCUGGGUGGUGAUUAAAAGAGAAUCCGACCUUUUUUCAACGACUAGUUCGGAUAACAACCCCAAAUCAACAACUGUUCAAAGUGUAGAGAUGCCGAAAUCUUUUGAAAAAUUUGUACUAAAUAUUAAUAGCAUCCCAUUCGACAUCAAUAACGACUCUGUAUGUAAAUCAACGCCAGAAAAUCAUCCUCAUCUUGGCGGAGAUGAUGCUGGGAUUUAUUUUAUGAUAAUUAUCCACUCUGCUCCUGCUCAUUUUGAAGCUCGUCAAGCCAUUAGAACCACCUGGGGUUCGUUGAAGUCUCUCAAAAACGUGGCCUUUAAACUGGUCUUCCUAAUGGGCAAGACGAGCCAAGAAGACGAGGAAGCUGGUCUCGUGGAGAGCUCAAUACUUCGUGAGAGCCAAAUCUUUGGAGAUAUUGUAACCGGGUCCUUUAUCGACUCGUAUAAGAACUUAACUUACAAACAUCUUUUGGGCUACAAAUGGGCCGUCAGCUUUUGUCCCGACUCGGCCUUUAUUCUUAAAGCUGAUGAUGACGCUUUCAUUGACAUUUUCCAACUCUUUGACUUCAUCUCCAGAACGUAUGGGAUCAAACCCAUGCCAGGAACAUUGAUCUGCAAUGUUUUCCCAGAAGGUUCGAAACCUGUUCGAGCUUCCGACACUCAGGGUAAAAAAUGGACUGUAGACCUGUCAGAGUAUCCCUUCUCCAUGUAUCCAAAGUAUUGUGGGGGACUAGCUUAUCUAAUUACCCCAGAUGUCGUGAAAAGAAUUUUGGACUUGAGUGACAAGGUAAAAUUUCUGUGGAUCGAUGAUGUCUUCGUGCUUGGCAUACUCAGGGAGCUGGCAGGCGUGGAACCAUUCUAUCUCAAUCUCCGAUACUCGUACGAACCAGACCGGUAUCGAAAAUGGCUGCUCAAUUACAAGGAGAACAAUGGAUCCGAUCAUUCGACCACAACAAGCGACAUCAAUGAUUUUCACAAUAAUCUUCGCUCGUCCAAACUCCCAUUCAUGAUUACACAUGUUGAGAGGGGUCCAAAAUUUUCAGAAGAAAUGAACCAAUUGUGGCGGAAGACAAAACAAGCUUGGGGCAGACAAUAAUAUUCGGAACUGAAAUAAUGUACAACUAAAAAUGUGAUUUCUAUUUUGAUAAAAUUACCUAAAAUAAAUAUUCCCACGACAAUCUGCUUCGGUUUUCUACAUGACUGACUACUGAGGAUUCUCAUCUGCUCUUUUUUUUGCGAAUAAGUGUGUGAUCGUGAUGCGCUAAGAAGAUGAAGUCUUCCCAAUGUGCUUGCGUGUCAAAUUUAACAAAUUUUUAUUUUAUGAUUCUUAUAAAAGUACAAGAGGGAUGUGAUUAGCACCUUGUUAGUAAAUAGUUAAGUAGUAUUUUAUUGUUCUCCAUUGAUUAAAGAGUCAUUACCAAGAGCA